ACAACUCGUUCUUGUUCCUCUCCUAUUGAGGCAGAUGAAACCAUCGUUCGGCUAGCACGAGAGCACUUACCACGUACGAUCACCGCUGAAUUACUAUUGGACGCGGUAACCACUCCGAAAAUCAUUUACCAUGCAGGUAAAUUUAAAUCUAUUGAAAUCUUGCAGGACCACUCCAUCAAUGUUUGUUAGACUCUGAUCCAUCGAGCUGACCCUUGUUCGAUAUCUGUUUUCGUUUUCGAGCGGAGCGAUUCAUUCUUCUUUCGUAGGUCGACACCUCUAGGAGAUUUUUUUCUUUACCGCCUCACAGUGAUAGCUGCACUGACUACGUGUACGUUUGGCUAUCUUCUGGCAAGUAAGUACGUAAGAAGGCGUAGCGGACCGCAGACAGCGCUGUUAAAAAUUCUGUUGAAGUUCUGGAGCUGGUCUCUCCUUUGGGGGCAGCAUACCACGCGGCAGCCCGGAUUGGAGUGACGCAAGGGGAGCAAAGGAGAACCUGUUGUCGACUGCCUUCCCAGUGGUACAUCUCUUGGCCAACUGUCCCAGCUAACGUGAAAAGUCCAAUCCCGCAGGACGGCAAACGUGAGUCUGCACUAGACCGAAACCUUCUGAAAAACAAACGACAAGAGCUGUUUUCAGAAUUGGAAUUGUGUCCUCCUUCGCUCUGGUGGAGCACGAGUACGACUAGCAAAGGCGACAUCUACUUGACACAAGAUGGCACAGGAAGAGAACCGAAAGCUGUGCCAGGCGGCACACAAGGGCAUCAUGGAUGGGGAGAACGGGGUGAAAUUUUUCACGUCCGAACUGUUGAGAAGACAAGGUGACCUGGACUUCAGCGAGAAACCCUACUACCGAACGGCGUUCCACGAGGCAAUAUCCAUGAACCGGGAACCAGUAGCGAAGUUCUUGCUCGACAAAAACGUCAGCAUGAACUGCACGGACUACCUGGGGAGGACGCCGCUCCACGAUGCAUCGUACCAACCUUAGUAGCACUUUCUCAACCAGUUGUUGACCACAAUUUUUUGUGAUGCAUCUACUUCACGUAGUAGUUCUUUUCGUUGACGUUUCGCCGUCAAAGUUCGAGGGCGGUUCUUGCAACGGGCAAAUGGUGCACAGUUGGCAUUGAUAAGCAAAAGUGAAGUUUUGAUUUCUCCCUUCAGGUUCUACGGGUAUCAAGAUUUGGUAAACUUGCUGCUGGACAAGAAGGCAGAAAUAAAGCAGGACGACGAAGGAAGAACACCACUGUACUGAAAAAUACUUUUCCGCUGUACUAGCAUCUUGAAAGUGAAAGCAUAGAAGCUCUUCGUGAAAAACUUGUUUCCCUGAUGUACUAGUGCUUACCUUGGGUAGUUUCCGGACUAAGAUCUUACAACCCAAUUCAGGUUUCGGGCCGUCGAAGCGCAGCGAUGGCAGAUAGCAAAGACACUAAUAGAAAAGGGAUGCGACGCGAAUGUCACCGACAAGCACGGAUGCACCGUACAGAUAUAAGCUUUGUUCUUCAUAACGGCUUUGCUUUUCUUUACAGAAUACGGUCUUUUUUUAAAAAUAAUGCUUCAGGCUCACAAUUCCGAACGAUGUACUAUGUGUGCAUGCUCGAAUUGCUCAUUGUCAUUUCCAAUGUUCAGGCUUACCACAUGGCGGCGUUCAAGGGUUUAGGAACGCAAAGCUGGUGGCUCUACUGCAAAGGGGCCUGGAAGAAUCGAUUUGCGUUGGAAGACAUGCCAAAAGGUAUUCUCUUUUCUUUUUGCUUGUUGCUUGCGUAUGGGUAUGCGUACGAAAAGGAAUAAACGGAUAUGUACGCAUGACAGACGCACACGCAGUUUGCUACUAAGAUGGAAGUAAGUGCCAGAACGGAGUGUGAACCUUUUCCACUAAAUUUUUCACAGAUCAAGCAGCAGCCCCGCCUGCCCCAGCAGAGGUGCCGGCUCCCUCAGCGGAAGGCGGUUAGGCUUCCAGCGGAGGAUUCUUGUCCGAGAUAUCGACUGUAAAAUGAACCUGUCCACUUUCAAGUUUACAAAUGUUUACAUCGCUCGAAAAUGAAAAACGCUCUCAGGUAGAGUGCAAGGAGUUGAGUAGAUUUAGAAUAGUUGUUAUACGCAGAUGAAAGCAGUACGCAAACGGAAAUAAAUGCAAUCGCGCAUGAAAGCUUUCUGUACAUACGCUGUGCGCGAAAAAGAAAUUUUACUUGUAUGAUUGCUGGUGUACUACAUCAUCGCAAAAGUCCGUACAACUGUAUCCACACGCUUGGCGAAUAUGAC